CACUCGGUUCGGGUAGGUCGCGUCAGUUUGUUCUCCGGUCUACGACGUAUUUCACGCAUAACCCACGUCGGCGAGUACGAUCUGUGACAUGGUACUAAUUAUGUAACUCGGGGUGAAUCAAGCCGUGGUGCGUCAAUUGAUACGUAUAAUAAAACAUUGUUUAUUUCCGCGCAGUUUGCUGGACUCACGUGGUGCCUGGUGCCGUCGCAGUAGACUACGAGCGGGUGACCUUGUGAUGACGGAUAACACUUUGGCGCUCUCCUUCGACUCUAUUAGAAUAUUAGACGGCGAACGCGCGUCGGUGUGUUAACGUGGGAGACAUUUAUUAUUCCAAUUGUAGUGAAAUUGAAGGAAUCGUCGGCUGUGAUUGUGACCGAGUGAUUCUAGUGUAAGAUGAUGGAGCCGCCUAUGAGCGAGAUAGACAUGGGCUUCGAGCCUCAAACCAGGGCGAGGUCCAACACGUGGCCUCUGCCUAGACCGGAGAACUACGUAGAGGAGCCGACCAACAUCAAGUGCGAGGUAGGUGACGGCUUGGACCAGAAGAUCCUGGGCAUCGGAGGACCCGUGGUGCCGUCGGCCACCGCCGCGCUCAAAAAGAACUCCAGCAGGAGGAACGCUUGGGGCAACCUGUCGUACGCGGACCUCAUCACCCAGGCCAUCAGCUCGGCGCCGGAAAAGAGGCUCACGUUGUCACAGAUAUACGAGUGGAUGGUGCAGAACGUGCCCUAUUUCAAGGACAAGGGGGACAGCAACAGCUCUGCUGGAUGGAAGAACUCGAUACGACACAACCUAUCACUCCACAACCGCUUCAUGAGGGUGCAGAACGAAGGCACGGGCAAGUCCUCCUGGUGGAUGAUCAACCCGGACGCCAAGCCUGGCAAGUCCGCCCGUCGCCGCGCCACCUCCAUGGAGACGUCCAAGUUCGAGAGGAAGCGAGGGAGGGUCAAGAAGAAGGUGGAAGCUCUGAGGAACGGUCUAGACGCUACUCCUUCCCCUUCCUCGUCUAUCUCUGAGAGCCUAGACCUGUUCCCGGAGUCUCCUCUACCCGGCUUUCAGCUGAGCCCUGACUUCCGUACACGAGCGUCGUCCAACGCGUCGUCGUGUGGUCGUCUGUCGCCCAUCCCCGCCCUGGAGCCGGACUGGACACCCUACUACGGUCCGGAGCAGCUGGCCGGCAACCUGGAGUCCACCAUGAGGCUCGACCAGCCGCAGUUCAUGUACCCUACACCUCCGCCGUACCACCCCCCCGCACCCGCGCCGGCCUUCUCGUCGUACCCGCCCUGUCCGCUGCACCGCGGCCAGCCGUGCAACUGCCAACACCACCCCACGGCUAAGCAGAGCAUCUCGCCGUCGUAUCCUCAGUCCCCCAGUCCCAGUCCCCCGGCCACCAUGAUGGGACAGCUGAUGGGAGCUCUCAACCACCCCACGUUGCUGGACGACCUGAACCUCAACAUCGAGACCAUCCCCGGGGGCUUCGAAUGUAACGUGGAGGAGGUCAUCCGACACGAGCUGUCCAUGGACGGCAACCUUGACUUCAACUUCUCCCAGCAGCAGCAGACGGCGCAGACUGCGGACCCCUACGCUGGCAGAUCCUGGGUGCAUUAGCGGGCCUGUAAUGUUGUCUUCCCUCAGUGACACAAUGUCACCCCCAUGGCAGCAUGCUGCGUCAUCAGGCAACACACCCUCACUCUUCUUUGUUACUCUUAGUGUCAUUUUCUCAUUUCAUAGUAUAUUUUUUUAAGUUUAAAAAUUUUAUUUUUGACUCAUGUACAAAUUGUUGUUAGAUUAAUUGAUUUAUGGUCGGAUCAGCUAGUUCAUGAUCUCAGUUGAGGCAGUGAGAGGACGUGACUGUGGCGGGUGUUGUCACUUCACGGUCUAACUUUUCUUGUGAAAACUGUGCCAAAUGACCUUGUAAUUUUCGUUGUAACAACAAAAUUACUGUUACCUCAGAUGUUGUUUAUCGAGCUUCAAGAGUUCUAAGUAAACGACUGAACCAAACGUUUAUCCGGGCUUUCAUUGUUCAACUACAGUCAAUAUGUAGAUAUAAGGUUUUGACAAUCCCAGAACUGAUUGACAUUUUAUGCACAACUAUACUCAAUGCACAGAAAUAUUUUCAAAUAUUAUUAGAGAAUGUAGCAGAAAAGAAUCGAAUAUUGUUAAAAUGCUGGACAUUUUAGAAGUACUGAACUGAAAUGCAUUACUCAUAAUUAUUGGAUGUUAAACAUUUUAUCUUUUUUGUGUUGUAGAUCAAGAUGCAACCCACACAUUUUUAGCAGGACAAUAUAUUUUUAAUAUCAAUAGUUAUCUAUAAACUGUACCAAAACUAUAGUUGAAUAUACAGUAAAUAUAUACAAGUAUACAGAUUUACUGUUGGCCUACUGAUCUAGUCUCUUAAUUCCCACAGCAGUAUGUUAUUCUGCAUUGUCUAGAGUUGUGGUGCCGUGUGCCAUUUUCAAGACAGAACUAUUUUAAUUGUUCAAAUUAUACGUAACUGAGAAAGCUCAAGAUUUUCAAACAUCUUACAGAUAAAAUCUAUUUGUAUGUCGGAGAGAAGGUAUGUUUUAUAACAGAACAUAGGUUUAGUUUAAAGGGUGCAGUUGUCGAAUGUGUUGUGAUGGUCCUGUAAAGUGGAGUUGUACAUGUCAACAUCAACAGAUGAGUGUUAUUAUAAACUUCAAAGAUGAAGGAAAUAAGUAUUUCCUAUAUUACUCAACAUGUAAUUACAAACCAGGCUAUGAAGCACGAUUAAACGUGUAAUUUUAAUUUUGAAGGCCAUUUUGGAAAGAGCAAUGAGUUUUUUUUAGAGGUAGCUAUUCGAUACCUAUUAUCUCAGCAUAAUCUAUGUAUUGUUUGAAAAACAUCAAAGGAGACAAAAUUUGAGCGGUAAACUUCACUUUACAUGGCAAAUAAAAUAAGUCAAAGCAUAGUUACCUAGAGUCAAGAUGUGUUUUGACUGAAAGCUAAUGUUCGCCACCAUGUGUACAUAUGUUUGUUAAGUAAUUUUUUGUACAAACCACUCUAGGGUUAGGUAGCCUGGUUCAAUCCACAUUCUGCACAGAGCAUUCUCUGUGAUACUGUUACUUGUGUUGUUUUAGAAUUACAGUACAAGCUUUAGGUCGAUGUUCAUUAUCCUCUGUCGGAGCUUGGUUGUAUUUUUUCAGUUUGAUGUCGAGCGGUCAUGUUUAGGGUGUAGCUAUCGUUGUUGAACUUGACGUUAAUAUCGAUGGUCGAUGUAUAGUGGUAGCUCAGAAUCUAUGUGUUCGCUGCCUCGUAGCACGGGUUUGUGUGCUAACGUGUAGUUAACAAAAAUAAACUGAAACCAUAACCCGGAAUUGUAUCUUUCCAUGUUUCAGCGUCAUUCAAAAACCUAUUCCAGCUUAGUUUUAAUAAUUUUAAGUGCCUUUUAAAUCAUGAUGGUUGCUAUAUAAGCGCAUAUGUGUUACUUGAAUGUUUAUACCUAAGUUACAAAGGCUUUCACCCUGUCAUUAUGUUAUUAAACAGUGUUUUUUUUUCAAACAACUUUAAAAUCCAUUUCAGUAUUGAACAUAUUUUAUGACCAGUCAGUUGAUUUUAACGCUAACUUUUAAGAAAUAGUUGUGGAUAAAAUAAAUAUGCCUAUUUAGGUUCUUUAAACUUUGUUAAGUUUUGAAAAUAAAUUGAUAUGGUCAAGUCAAGAUUUGCAACUAUGACAAAUUUUAUAGUUUUUUUUUUACGGCUAAGUGAAAAGUGACUUAAAAUUGUACUUAAAUGCUCAUUAUUACCUUUCUUGAUAACUUUUGUUGAAGAACUCAAGAAAUUUAAGAAUUAUAAAUCUGUUUUAGAAAAUAUGCAAAAAACAUUUUUUUAAGGAUAACAAGGAUAACAGUGUUAUAGUCUAAGUGUAUAUAGAUUUCCUGCCAGAAGGUGGAUAUUUUAGGUUAUAACUGUAUAGAAUAUUUGAAUUGUAAGAAUAAAUUGUGUACAUUUAUGAAACUA